GGUCCAUGACUCUUGGAAAAGUGUUCCUUCUUUCUCCUAUUUUGAUGUGAUAUUUUAGUGCGCUGCUCUGUGAUUCAUGAAGGAUAUACCGACAGAUGUAAAAAAAAAAAAUUGCUUAAACCAAGAUAGUGUUGUGUUCAUUGGAUAACGAGAUGUUGACGUUUCUGGAUAAGUAUUCGUAAGUUUGGAGUCCGGAUAUUUUAACUUAUGAUCGCAGAACUCUUGGAUAUUUGUCGUCUCGGGGCAUCUUGUCAACUUGAUGAAACAGACUUGAUACUCUAGCCAUAGGACAUGGCGGGCAUCGUGAAGAAAUGCCCCUGUCUGCGGCCCAAGAUGGAGGAGGAGAUCCGCGUGCUGGACUACAGACACUCCAGUCUCCACGACGUGCCCAGUGAGGUCUUCAACAGGGAGCGGACCUUGGAGGAGCUGCGUGCUGACUGUAACCAGAUCAGGGACCUUCCCAGGGAACUGUUCUAUUGCCACGGACUCCGCAAGCUGACCAUCAGUGACAACGAGAUCACCAGCAUCCCUCCUGCCAUCGCUAGCCUGGCCAACCUAGAGGAGCUGGACUUUAGUAAAAAUGGUAUCAUUGAUGUUCCAGAAAACAUCAAGGCCUGCAAAUAUCUUCGAUCUAUCGAUGCUAGUGUCAACCCACUCGGAAAGCUCCCAGAGGGCUUUACACAACUGGCCAACUUAACCCACCUGAACCUGAAUGACACCUUCCUUGAUUACCUACCUGGGAGCUUUGGCAGAAUGGUCAAGUUAAGAAUUCUGGAGAUGCGAGAAAAUCACCUGAAGACACUUCCUAAAUCAUUUGGACGUCUGGUGGAAUUGGAGAGGCUGGACAUUGGAAACAAUGAGUUCACUGAGCUGUCGGAUGUGAUUGGGAGUCUAACAAAGUUAUCUGAGCUGUGGUGUGAUAACAACCAGAUCACAACUAUAACACAUACCAUUGGGAACCUGAAGCAACUGAUGUUUCUUGAUGCCAGCAAGAAUCAGCUUCUGGAUCUCCCUGGAGAGAUUGAGGGCUGUGUGGGCUUGGCUGACCUUCACCUUACUACCAACAACCUCAUGGGUCUACCAGAGUCUAUAGGUAACUUGAGCCACCUGACGACAUUAAAAGUUGAUGACAAUCAGCUGACGUCGCUUCCUAAAACACUUGGAGGACUUUCCUCACUGUCAGAGCUAAAUGUGAGCGCCAAUGACCUGGAGGACCUCCCACCCAGCAUUGGCCUAUUGAGGAACUUACGAACAUUUUACGCUGAUGAAAAUCUGCUUCAGUUCUUACCUGCUGAGAUGGGGAGCUGCAGUGGCAUCACAGUUCUCUCAGUGCGCAGCAACAAGCUGACCUACAUCCCUGACGAGAUUGGCCGUAUCCCACGGUUACGUGUGCUCAACCUGAGUGACAACUGUCUCCGCUACCUGCCCUUCUCCAUCAUCAAGUUAAAGGAACUUCAGGCCUUGUGGCUCACAGAAAACCAGACGCGUCCAUUGAUUCCUCUACAAUCUGAAAACGAGCCAGGGACUGGAAGAAAGAUUCUCACCUGCUAUCUACUGCCCCAGGGAUCCUCAGAGCCAAAUGAUGAAAGAGACCCAACAGGAGACAACGAAAGUUUUCACGCCUCCAUGUGGGAUGAGGAGAGGCUCAAACGACAACAAAUUCAUUUUGAUUUCGCUGAUGACCUGGAAGGCGAGGGUACCUUGGUUCGAUGUCCAACACCAUACCCAAAAGAAAUGAGAGAAAAAGUGCGGCAUGCCAGAAAUUUGGCCAUGAGACAGAUGAUCAACGUUGGAGAAAGUCCCCGCGAUGGUUCGGCCGGGUACGGGGAUGGUGAUAGACUUUCUGGAACCACAGAUGAGAAUGGUUUUGGAUAUGCAAGAGACAGUUCAGAUGUGAGGGUGAGAGAGGCUCGGAUCACAAAACCCAUGUCCCCUAAACUUCAGGAGUCUCACCGCUUGUACAGGUUUGAUAAGGAGAAACUAAUGAAAGAUAAGGCAAGGAUGCAACAUCGACUGUCAGUGCCAAACUUUGAUGGAGAUGCAACAGACUUUAUGAAGGAAGAGAGGGGUAGAGACAGCAGGAGAAAAUCUGGUGAUGACAGCAUGGCUCGUAGAUCUGGCUCAGUUCCAGACCUCACUACACCAAAGACUAAAGAGAACUCUUCAGCAAAGGCGGUUCCAUCUUCAGCUACUUAUGAUGAACUCUACUACAAACACAUUGUCCAAAGGGGCAGACGACAUGGACGGAGAAUGAGAGAAUAUGAUUCAGACACUGGCUAUCGCAGCGACAGAGAAAUCAGGUUCAGAGUAGAUGGAGAGGAAUCAAGAGGAGCCAACUCUGAAAUUUUAUCAGUACGGUCACAACCGUUACCGAACCAGCAUCACCACCAUCACCACCGCAACCACAGCGGCAGGCGGAGAGACGGUGCUGGUUACGCCAGUGACUUGGAGGCCUACGGCUCCGGCAGCUUGUACCCUACUGCUAACGCAGCUGCUGCAGCUUUUCAACAGAAGCACCACGGCUCUGGGCAGAGCAGUUCCCCAGCUGCCACCCCUCAGUCAUCCAGAAACUUCCGUCCACAUUCCCCGUCCCGGUCAGAACCUCGGAACUACGGAGGUGGAUCUGGACAUCAUGGACUGUACAGGAGAUCCAGCAAUCCAAAAGAGAGCGGUCAGGCAGGCAGUGACUUCUCUAGGACUAAUAACCCCAUGGCUUUGAAUGACACGCACAGCUCCGCUUCUAAUGAAGAGUUCUACAAACGGUUGCCGGGCAACGAAUAUUACCCAGCAGACAACAUAAGAGGAACCAAUGAAAGACUUGCUGGGGAGGAUUACUACACAGCCACCCCACAACAAACAAAUCCCCUGGGUUCACAGUAUCCCAUACAGAUAAGCAACGGUCCACAGCUACAAAACCCAAUGGGCCCUGGGCCGCCCUCUCAGAAUCCGAUGGGCCCUGGGCCGCCCUCGCAGGGCCAGUCAGGGUUAGGGCCCCCGCCUGCUGUAGCCCCUAAACCGAACUUGAACAAUUCAGGGGGAAGCAAUCUCUCCCUCCACCAGGCCUCCCCCUCUCCACCAGUGUUUCACAAAGACAAUUUCAUCGACCAAAGCACACCAGUGAUUACACAGGCCCCAGUUCAACUCGCUAAUGGUGUAGCCAAUCAAAACGCCAGGGAUAGGAGGGGAAGUAACUUGUACACAGUUGUGGAAGAGAGGGGCGGAUCUCAAAAAAAUCUGUCUAGUCAAGGCCAGCAGAAGCCAGCAGUGAGCACCCCACCACCAUACAACCCAGCACCACCCUACAGAAGACCAUCUGAUGCCCGAACCCUAGGGCCACGCCCUGAAAGACUCUCUAGUGACUCCUCUUCUAGUCGUGUUGACUCCCCUCACACCACAUCCAACAUCCCAUCAGUCAUGACUCUGGGCGCCGCGGCAACCAGCGCUACACCCAACAUCAACAGAUCUCAGUCCUCACCUUGUGGUUUCCAUGGCAGCAACCCAUUCCCUGAACUUCCUGCCACGCCCAGGGAGAAACUUAGUUUUUCAGACUACGCUGACCUUGACAGGAGAAGUCAAGGUCACUACAGCGUUAGAGACAAUCACACCAGCAGGUCGGGCAGCAGUUCCUCACAGAUAGGAUCAGCGUCUCAGACCGGCGCCGCCUACCAUCUGGGUGCCAGGCCGAGGGACAGGUCCGACUCGUCUGACUCACGUAGUGACAUACACAACCAUUCAUCGUCCCGCGAGUCACCCAACCCCACAUUUGGUUCAGCCCGGCCCAAUUCACGACAAGACAGAACAUUUGAUCCGUAUUCCGGAUCCUUGGACAACACAAACUUUGACGAUUUCGCAGUCCCCAACCAGGAGCAGUCGUCACAAGUAUCCAGCUCCACGGACAGCGGAUACGGACAUGGACACCAUGUGUAUGAGCGUAUUGGAGAGUACGCAAAGAGCAAAGGUGACGUGUUCCCACCACACCCAGGGCCUGGCUCACACAGCUCAGCCGCUACAUCAACCCCGCCCUCUCAAAGACUCACUUCUGUCAAAACUCCUGCAGUUUCUUCAAGGGAUGUAACUCCUGUGAAAGAAUUUACCAAACCAUUUCCUGACUCCACCACACAAGAGCACAAGGAACAAUUUCGAAUUACAAUCAAGAAAAAUCCUGGCCUAGGCUUUUCUAUAGCAGGUGGCAUUGGUUCCCAUGGCAACCCAUACAGGCCUAAUGAUAUAGGAAUAUUUGUGACAAAAGUUAUUCCUGAAGGUCCAGCUUCAAAAUUACUUCGACCAGGAGACAAAAUUUUAGAGGUAAAUAAAGUUGACUUCCAAACCAUUGAGCACAAUCAAGCAGUGACUGUUCUAAAAACAAACAACAAUGUCAAUCUUUUAAUUGAGAGGAUACAAAAGGUCAACAUGGUGUAAACAAACCAGAACUACUGUGUGAUAAAUUGUAUUUAUGUAAGUGUGAAUGUUGGCUAUUUAAAUCAGAGCAUGAAUGAGUCAAAGUAUUUUUAACCUGAUUAGUAAUGUUCAUUUAAGUUGUUUUCCUAUUAGAUCAUGUGAUCUGAGGUUGUUGGAAUAGCUUGCUGGUUCAAUUGAAUGAUCAAAUAAAUUUAAUUAUAUUUAUAUUUUAUUGGAACAAAUUUGUAAGAACUCAGAUUUAAAACCAACUUUUCUCCAAAGGUUCACAGUGUGUUGUUUGUACAAAAAUGUUAUAAGCUAAAUAAAAUUCUCUCUUUUAUUUCUUUUUUUUUAAAAUCUUACCCUUGUAGCUUAAAUCCAUAUGUGUUCAGUUUGAUCUAUCAGUUAAGCUUCAAAUAGAUUUAUAUUUGACCUAAUUUUCAGUAAAAUUGUUAUAAAGGUUUCCUUACAACACAAAAUAUUUUACAGUUCCAUUUUGAUAGGUUCAAAAGUGAAGGUCUAAAAUUCAUGACAAGGUUUUUUUUUAUUAUGGACUUAGAGGUUAUUUAUUAUGUAAAAUCAAGUGCGUUUGUUAAAAAAAUGAUAAAAUUUAAAAGAUCUAUGUCUGGAAAUAACAUGUUGGGAUUUUAUACUGCUGUUUUAACAUCUGAAACUGCUGACCACCAAUCCACACCCCUACAUUUUAUGUACAGAAUCUCUAUGUACUAUACAAUUUUAAAAACUUUACACAUGUUUAUACAAUCUUUUGAUACCUGCUUUAUCAUGCAUUCCAAUAUUUAUGUAUGUAUUAUGUUUUAGUAGUUAUGCAAAUUUUUAUCUAUAAACUGCAAUUAGAUUAUUGAAGUUAGUGACCAUUGAUUUGGUCGUUUGUUUUACUUGCUUAUUUGUCCAGUAUUUGUAAACUCAGUGUAGAUUUUUUUGUCUUCCAUUAUAAAAUUUUGUAAUUUUGUGAAAUCGAGUCCAGAUAUUGGAUUUACAACUCAGUGGUAAAAUACUUGUUAGAAUCAUUUUUGUAAUGUUAAUUAUAAAGAGUAAAUUUAAAAAUAAUACUUCUUUGACAAGGGUAAUGGAAUUUGAAAUCCAAUUUUUUAUUUAAAAAUUAUUUUAUAUUUACUUUUUUAUACAAUUUUAUUUAUGCAAGAUAGUGCUGUACAUUUUUUAUUUUGUUUUAUAAACAAGUUUGUAGAAAAAUUGAUUUUU